AUGGCAGUGUCCACAUGGCCAAACAUCUCUCACCUCUAUGUCUCAAGGCGGGAGCUGAUCAAGGUUCUGAGGCGGAUGGGCCAACAGGUCAACUGGCCUCAAAAGAUGAAAAAGCCCGACUCUUUCCGGAACCAUGGUCUUUGGUGCGAUUUCCACCAAGACCACUGUCACAAAACGGAGGACUGCGUCGCACUGAAGAUCGAGGUCAAUGUAUUCCUUAAGAAAGGACACCUCAGGGAGUUGCUUUCCGAGAAGGCCAGGCACCAUCUAAGCAAGGAGACAACGGGAAAGCCAACUGAAGCUGCUCCCGUCUCGCCACCUCGACAGGACCGAGUGAUCCAUGUCAUAUCGGGCGGCUCGGAAAUCAGUAGUAUAAGCCACGCAGCAGCGAAGAAAAGCCCUUGGAAUGCCAAACACGGCCUAGAGGCAGCUAAGCCGAAAUGCCUGCUCCUGGGUACGGAUGAAAUAAGUUUCACGGCCAAGAAGCAGGAAAAGGUUCUCACCUCACAUAAUGACGCCCUGGUCAUAUCGCUCAUUGUAGCGAACUAUCUGGUGAAAAGGAUACUAGUAGAUAAUGGAAGCUCCGGUAAUAUCAUCUUCCAGGACGCAUACAAGGAUCUAGGGCUGGAGGAAAGCACUCUAACUCGAAGGAUAACCCCAUUCAUAGGGUUCAGCGAAGAAGUCAAGCAGACCGCCAGAGAGGUGACCCUCCCGGUAUACGCUGAAGGGAUCAACAUGUCAACCAAGUUCCUUGUCGUUGACUACGAUUCAUCCUACAACAUGAUCCUGGGGCGACCCUGGAUUAACGGCAUGGUAGCCGUCCCUUCGACUCUUCACCAGAUGGGGAGAUCCCCUACACCCUGGGGCAUAAGUGCAAUCAGAGGGGAUCAAGAGCAUUCCUGCUCCUGCUACCAGACUACCUUGAAGGGAAAGACCAAGGUCUUAUAG